ACGAACCUUUGUUUUGGAUUCACUUUCCGGAAUUUGAAAACAGGAAAAUCGCAAUUUUUGCGUUUUCCAAAAUUAAUAACACUAUAAAUUAUUGUGCAAUGUUGUGACAUAAACAACAACAAUGAGGGAACAUCUUUACGCGCUCGGGGUGUCUUGUAUAGAACUAAUUCAGUAUUGGUGCACAGACUGGGCUCCGUUCUUCGAGCAAGUGAACAACUUCUACAACCCCAAUAAUGUUCUAGAUAUACUGUUUCCUGUUGUAUCGUUUAUUGACUCUGUGUUCGCGUCUCAACUCCUAUUGGUGACGAGUUUUGGUGGCUGGCUGAACUGUGUUAUGAAAUGGUGGCUCCUCGAAGACCGUCCCUACUGGUGGGUUAGAGAAACGGACUAUUACAAUGGAACUAUCCAACCCAAAUUGACACAAACAAUACAAACGUGUGAAACAGGGCCGGGGAGUCCAUCGGGGCACACGUCCAUGGCUGCGUCUGUGCUUGUGUUGGGUGUAAUGUGGAUGUCGCAUGUUUUUAACGAUAGAAAAUGGAACACAUCCCUCUGGAAAUGGACAAUAUACCCAGUGUUUGCGAGUCAAUUGUUCAGUGUGAUGUUAUCCCGUAUGUACAUUGCGACGCAUUUCCCGCACCAGUGUCUGCUCGGCGCGGCGGUCGGUGCGUUCAUAGCGCCAGCACUAUGUAUAUACGUGUCAGACCCUUACAUCUGGCAGUACGGCCCGUACGUGAAUUACACGACGGAACGUGCCAUAAAGUGGCACGUUUUUGGAUCGCUUGUUGCCAUAGCGAUCAGUGUUGUCACGUAUUAUAGCCUCGUGCUGUGUAACGUCGAUCCGCAUUUUACUGUUAAAUUGGCAUUCAAAUGGUGUGAAAACCCGGACUACAUUCACGUAUCGACGACACCGAUGUUUGCGUUAGUGCAAUGUACGGGGACAUUGCUCGGCUGGGCCUUAUUUGUUACGCCUAGUGUUGCCAGAUUCCGCCAUGACACGUACAAGAGAUCUUUUAUAAUAGCCGCAUUUACAACAAUAGUUAUUACAUAUUCACUACAUUAUUUAGAAGGAGAAAUACCAAGAGAUUCCGUGUUUAAGUUCUACGCACUAAACUUCGUUUUAAACGCAGUUAAACCACUGUUUUACCUCCGUUUAGUACCGGAAUUGUCCUUGUGGCCGUUUAGAGAUAAUAAAUAGUUCAAAAUUCGUUCAAAAUAUGUACACGCGUUAGAAGUUAUACUUCUUUGGCGUAUGGAAAAUACUAGAAUAUACAACUUGAUCAUAGUAAUUAUCAAUUUGCAUACCACCUAGAACUAACUUCAUGCUGUUAAAUUUAUG